AUGCAUGUGAGAGGUUCGAAGAGUGUUCAUGUGGGCAAGGGGGGAUCUCCACAAGCUACCAAAGCGGCUUGCUUGGCCCUUACGUGGUGCAAGACCAGGCGUUUACUUGAGCAUGCAGCCGAGCGGGUUGUCUUGCGCGCGGGUGUUGAGAAUGAGUGCGACAAUAAGACCGUAAAGACCCAGCACUUCGGCGAAAAUGAGGAUCAAGAUCAUACCGAUGAAAAGACGAGGCUGCUGAGCGGUACCACGCACACCGGCGUCACCUACGAUGCCGAUGGCGAAACCAGCGGCGAGACCAGCGAGACCGACCGAGAGACCAGCACCGAGCUGAAUGAAACCGGCGUAGAGCGACAUGGGCGUCUCAAUCCCACCCGAGAUGAGCACACUGACCACGAGACCGUAGAUGGCAAUGAUACCGGCCAUAAUGACGGGAAUGACACAUUUGAUCAAGAGGUCAGGUCGAAGAACACCCAUGGCCGAGAUACCUACACCGGACUUGGCAGUACCAUACGAGGCACCGAGACAAGUGAAGACGAUGGCAGCCGUGCAUCCCAUAGCGCCAAAGAAGGGAGCGUAGACGGGGCAGAGCUCCGUGUUGAUGUUGGAAGGAUCCAUCUUGUCUUGUUUUCUGUGUCUGGCAAAUUAGACGAACGGAUGUGUCGAUGGAUGCAGAGGACCAACGGUGCGGAUUGUCGGAGCAAAUGUAUUUGA